UGAAAAUCAACAUGGUUAUAAUUUCAUUAAUAAUAUUAUUCCUGAUGAUCGGAGCCGCUGGAUGGAUGUUCUGGUUUUGGAACAACGAUCCGUGUCCACCUUUGGACCCUCAAGAGUGGUGGGGGCCAGAACUGGAGGGAAAAAUGGACACUAGUGUUAGACCUUUUGAAGUGAAGUUUAGUGAGGAGAUGAUAGCAGACCUCAAACACCGCCUCCUCAACACCCGCACACCCCCUCCCCCGCUAGAAGGCGCAGCCUUCCAGUACGGUUUCAACAGCCUCCACCUGAACUCCUGGAAGAAGUACUGGAUCGAGACCUACAACUUCACGGAGAGGGAGCGGUUCUUCAAUCAGUUUCAGCAGUUCAAGACUAAUGUGCAAGGACUGGAGAUACAUUUUAUUUGGGUUCGACCUAAGGCACAAACCGGAGUGGAAGUGCUUCCCCUCCUCCUCCUACACGGCUGGCCGGGAUCCGUACGAGAAUUCUAUGAGAUUAUCCCUCUGCUGGCCCAACAGUCUGACAAAGAAUUUGUGUUCGAGGUUGUAGUGCCUAGUCUUCCUGGCUUUGGCUUUUCUGAUGCACCCGUGCGUCCAGGUUUAGGAGGGCCGCAGACGGCCGUCGUUCUCAAAAACCUGAUGGAACGUUUAGGCCACAAACAGUUCUACAUGCAAGGGGGUGACUGGGGGGGACUGGUUGCUGCUGACCUGGCCACUUUGUAUCCUGAGGCUGUGCUUGGGUUUCACACCAACAUGCCCGCAGUGAAGCAUCCAUGUGCCAUAGCGUUGACUGCUCUCAGUGUCCUAUUUCCCUCCUGGAUAGUGGACCCUGAGGUCGUGGACCGGACCAACAAACUUCAGCUGUAUUGGCGAGCUGGUGGAUACUUAACGUUGCAAGCUACUAAACCUGACACCAUCAAUGUUGCCCUAACCGAAUCGCCUCUCGGCCUCCUAGUCUACAUUCUGGAGAAGUUCUCCUCAGCAACAAACCCUCGCUUCGAGGAACGGGCUGACGAAGGUUUACUGGACAAGUUCUCCAGAGAACAGCUCCUGGACAACGCAAUGAUGUACUGGCUCGAAGGCCGGACUGCGGUCAGGUUAUAUGCUGAUGGGGUUCAUGAAGGGACGAAGAGAUGGAGGUUGAAUAUAAAACCCACACCAGUUCCAACCUGGGUCCUCCAAGCCAAGCACGAGAUCAUAUACCAGACCCCAACGGCCCUCAGGUUUAAAUACCCGAAUCUUCUGAACGUGACAGUGAUGCAUGAAGGGGGACAUUUCUUUGCACUAGAGGAGCCUGAGGCCUUGGCUGAGGAUUUGUUCACCGCUGUGAAGGCUUUUAGGGAGUUCCAUGAGAGGCAGAAAGGUUGAAAUCAAUAAAAUAGAAAAAAAUCAUCUAGGCAUGAUAAGAAAAGAAAACGCACUUUAUCGUCGCUAUCUCUCUCUCUCUCUAACACUCUUCUGUAUUGGUGCAAGUGCAACAGAGCCAGUUUGUCUUUCUAGACAAAGAGUACAAUAGUUCGUGAUGAAGGAUACACACAACUACACUACAAUACAAUACAAUACAAAUACUCUUUAUUGCACACCUCAAUACACGAAACAACAUAGCAAGUAUAAACAACAACUUAAGAGGUAAAACAAGAGGCGGUCUUAUCGCUAAAGGGCGAUCUCUUCCAGACAACCUAGGACUACACUAUAGAGAACUGCAAACCCAUUACAUUCAUUUUCGAAGAUUUACUUGUGUUUCAUUAUUAUAUUACCUACCUAUAUAAUUAUGUACUUAAGUAUAAACAAUGAAAGGAGGUGCUUAUAAAAAAUGGAAGGAGUUACCUCCUAAUCAAAAAUCUUUUUUUUUUUUCAAUUCAUUCACAAUAGCUUCCAGCUCAGUUAAUCUGUCAUUUACGCCCCUUUUAAUUCCAAUCUCGACGAUGCAAUAACAGUUUUCUCACCCCCCGUUUCGAGGGCAAUAACAAUCACUUUACCCCCGAGUGGACUAAUACUGAUACCGCAACU